CCAAUGGGCGGUCAGGGGCGGGCCGCGGCGCUGUCACGAGGACGCUAUAUCAGAGAGCCGACUGCGGCGGCGCCACAUUUAUCGAGCCCAGCAACAGGACACCCAGUAUGCGUCUGUACGUCGUGAUAGUGAUGGCGCUCUCAGCGGGAGCCAGGGCCGGCCAGGGCGGCGGCAUUCUGCAGACGAUCCGGAACGGCCUGAACUCGGCGGCCGCGACCAUCACCUCGCCGUUCGUCACGACGGAGAUGGUGCCGUACACGGUCGACAGGACCGUCAUGGACGCUGACAAUAAGACUGUGCUGUACGAGCAGAGGACGUACCCCGGUCAGAAGUGGGUCUGCACCAGCAAAGUCAUCGACACCUCCGAAGGUGGCAGUGACGGCAUCUUCAUGCGGCUCUUCCGCUACAUUAGCGGCGAAAAUGAGCAGAGUCAGACGGUGCCGAUGACCUCGCCUGUCUCCAUGCUGCGGGUGCCGCUGAGUCCCGAGAUCACCGUCACAGAGGAGGGUGAGCCGCAGAGCCGACUCACCAUGUGCUUCUACAUCAACAAGGAGUUCCAGGAGAACCCGCCGGCGCCCAGCAGCCCCGACGUCUUCCUCGAGGAGCGGCCCACCAUGACCGUUAUCGCAAAUCGCGUUGGCGGCUACAUGUCCGAGGACGACUGGCAGGACCUGGCCAAGAAACUCAAGGAUGACGCCACCGCGAACGGAGAGACUGGCGUGGACUACUCCAAAUUCUACCGCGCCGGAUACGACAGCCCCAUGAAGCUGUGGAACCGGCGUAACGAGGUCUGGUACGUGAAGCAGGUCUAGCUGACCAAUAAGAGGUCGCCACUCGCCCCCGUCCGGAACCAAGCGUCCUUGGCGGUGUCGAUUGUCGGACGCUGUUUUGUGUUCACUUGUGUUCAUUGUUAUGCUGUUGUACUGUGAUGCCCCUGAGCACAAUGCGAAGACGUGGGCAUGACUCGAGAUGCAGUCGCAAGUGGUCGUAGCAUGAUUCUGCGGAUGUCGCGUCACUCGCGACGUUUUAUUGUGAAACUGUAAGACAAAUACAUACAUAUAGACAAUA